AUGGGCUGCGCCAGCUCGAAGCUCGACGACUCGCCGGCAGUGGCCUUGUGCCGCGAGCGCUGCUCUUUUCUCGACGAGGCCAUUCGACAGCGUUUCGCCUUCGCCGAGGCCCACGCCGCCUAUCUCCAAUCCCUCAAGUCCGUCGGGCUCUCCCUCGAUCGCUUUUUCACCCAAGAUCUCGACGGCUCCGCAAGCGGUUCGUCAUCCCCGGUUCUCAAUCUGCCGGCACAGCGGAAGGGGGACCCGCAUCCGCCCGGUUCGCCGCCGGAUAAAAUCCAGCACCACCUUCACUCCAACUCCGACUCCGACUCCGGUUCGCAUCUCCACUUCCAUUCGGACGACGAGGAUGGAUCCGAUUCGGAGUCCCUGCAUCUUCACGGCGAGGUCGGCUCGCCGGUCCACCACCCCCACCACCAGCCGCCGCCGCCGCACCUCCCCUACGGCGGCUAUUUCCCCGGUUACGAGGAUUUCAGCAUGAAUCUGCCCCCUCCCCGCGGCGGCGGCGGCGGGUUUAUGAAUAUAAAUUACAUGAGAAAGCAAACGACUCCGUCCGUGGUCUACACGCAGCGGCCCAUGAGCCCCGACACGAUGCAUAUGGGUGAAUCGUCUGCUCCUUCAUCUUCCUACUACUCUUAUCCUAAUAAUCAGAGCUCAAACCCUUCAUACCCUAGGUACAGUGUCAACAAUAAUUACGGAGGAUAUCCGAAUUACCCUUCAUACGGCAGCGCCGGAGGUGGAUUCUGGGGCGGCUCUUCUUCCAAUUUUGCGCCGACAUAUGGCGGCGGAUAUUCAUCUGCUCUGGCGGUGGCUUCGACUUCCAAAGCGCCGCCACCUCCACCCUCGCCCCCUAGCUCCUCCGCGUGGGAUUUUCUCAACCCGUUUGAGAGCUUUGAGAAAUUUUAUCCCCCUUAUACCCCUAGCCGAGACUCCAGAGAGGUUAGAGAGGAAGAAGGGAUCCCCGAUCUAGAGGAUGAGGAAGAUGAGGUUGUGAAGGAAAUUCAUGGGGAGCAGAAUUUUGUGGAUAGUGGUCGGAGCAGCCACUCGAAGCCCCGGGUGUCUGAGGAAAAUGCCCGUGUGGCGAAGGAGGCUGAGUUACAGUAUAGGUCGAGGCCGAGUGUGGGGAAUGAGACUGAGCCUCCUAUGGAAUAUGAGGUUCGUAUGGUGGAUAAAAAGGUUGUUGAUGCUGAGAAAUCAAAGGUUCAGGGGAAUGCAGCUGGAUUUAAGCCUCGUGGUGGGUUCAAGGAAGAUUCAGAUGUUGUGAGGGAGAUUCAAGUUCAGUUUGAGCGUGCUUCUGAGUCUGGGAGUGAGCUGACUAAAUUUCUUGAAGUCGGCAAGCUUCCUUAUAAGCGAAAACACGGCAGCCAUCAUGUUUCUUCCAAGAUAUUGCAUUUACCUUUGAUGUCCUCGCAACCAUCGACAUCUAAAAGUUCCAAUGGCGCUGAUCCCAACUUGUUAGACAUAAAUCAAGAAUUAGAGCUUAGGUCCAAGAGUCUUUCGUCUACUUUACAUAAACUAUAUCUAUGGGAGAAAAAACUGUAUGAAGAAGUCAAGGUUGAGGAAAAGAUGCGAGUUCUCCACGAGCGCAAGUCCCGAAAAUUAAAGCGCUUGGAUGAAAAGGGUGCCGAGGCGCAGAAAGUAGAUUCAACUAGGGCUUUAGUCAAGAGCCUGUCUACCAAAAUUAGAAUUGCAAUUCAGGUAGUCGAUAAGAUCUCAGUGAAGAUAAAUACCUUGAGAGACGACGAAUUGUGGCCACAACUAAAUGAAUUCAUUCAAGAGUUGACUAGAAUGUGGAAGUCAAUGCUCGAGUGCCACCACAGCCAAUGCCAAGCCAUGAGCGAAGCCAAAAGACUGGACGCCAUCGCACUCCGAAAGCACUUGAACGAUGCGCAAUUUGAAGCCACCCAGCAGCUGGAGCACGAUCUCAUCAACUGGGCCACGAGAUUCUCUUUUUGGGCCGAGGCCCAAAAGUCCUAUGUCCGGGCCCUACACAGCUGGCUCAUGAAAUGCCUGCUCUACAUCCCGGAAGAAACUCCCGAUGGGAUCGUCCCUUUCUCCCCCGGUCGAAUCGGAGCACCACCUAUUUUCGUCGUUUGUAACCAGUGGUGGCAGUCUCUCGAACGAGUCUCGGAGAAAGAAGUGCUCGAUUCCAUGCGUGACCUGGCAUCAAACGUUCUCCAGCUUUGGGACCGGGACAAGGCCGAGAUGCGGCAGAAAAUGCUUGCCAGUAAAGACGAGCGGAAAAUCAAGAGCCUCGACAGGGAGGAGCAGAGGAUUCAGAAGGAGAUUCAAGCGCUCGACAAAAGGGUGAUUCUAACAAGUUCGGGGGACGAUGGUGGAAUGCUGCACGCUGUUUAUCAAAGCGAGACCAAGAAAGGCAGGAGCCUCCAGUCGAGCCUGCAGCACGUGCUCCAGGCUAUGGAGAGGUUCUGCACGAGCUCGGUCAAAGUUUAUGAGGAUUUGGUGCAACGGAUUGAAGAAGAACAUCUCGUCCGAAGAGGGCAAUAA